AUGGGCGUGGUGGACAGAACUCUGAAGCUGGGCCCUGAUCUGGGUGCGGCUGCGGAGGGCCAGCAGGUGAAGUCUGAGCUGCGAUGCGAGGACGACUCGGCCGGUGGGCAGAUGGCAGGUGGAGAGGCCCAGGUGAGGCCCCAGCCAGCCCUCAGCGAGGACUCCCCCAGCACCCCAGGAGCCCCAGUCCCGCUGCUCCUGCUGCUCCUGCUGCCGCCGCCCGGCGCCUGCUCCCCCGGCCGCCGCGGCGCCCCCGUCCGGCUGGCCCGCUCCGCGCCCGGCCCUCCGGGGCCCGGCCUGGGCCGCCGGGUGCGGGCGGCUGCGCGGGCGCAGGUCCCGCUCACCAGCUCGUCGUUCGUGCUCAAGGGGGACGCGACGCACAACCAGGCGAUGGUGCACUGGACGGGCGAGGACAGCAGCGUGAUCCUGAUCCUCACCAAGUACUACCACGCCGACGCGGAGAAGGUGCUGGAAAGUUCUCUGUGGCGGUCCUCUGACUUCGGGACGACCUACACCAAGCUGGCCAUCCAGCCCGGCUUCACCACCGUCAUCGACAGCUUCUUCAUCUGCCCUGCCAACAAGAGGAAGAUCCUCUUCCUCAGCUCCUCGCUCAGCAGCGGGGAGCAGAACCUGUUCCUGAGCACAGACGAGGCCACCACCUUCCAGAAGCAGCUCCUGCCCUUCACCGUGGACAAGCUCCUCUUCCACCCCAAGGACGAGGACAAGGUGCUGGCCUGCACCAAGGAGGGCCAGCUCUACGUGUCCUGUGACCUGGGGAGGAAGUGGCUGCUGCUGCACGAGCAGGUGACCAAGGACCACGUGUUCUGGGCUGAGUCUGGAGCAGGCGCCGGCGCGGACCUGGUCCACAUGGAGGCCCAGGACCCUGCAGGAGGGACCCGCUACGUGACGGCCCACGUCCACAACUGCUCCAGCAGGAGGCUGAGCGCGCCGUUCGCCGGCCCCAUCGACCGCCGGUCCCUGCUCCUGCAGGGCCAGUUCGUCUUCUUCAAGGCAACGUCCAGCAACCAGACCAAGUACUACGUGUCUUAUCGUCAAAACGAGUUUGCCCUGAUGAAGCUGCCGAAGUACGCGUUGCCGAAGGACCUGCGGGUGGUCAGCACGGACGGCAGCCAGGUGCUGGUGGCGGUGCAGGAGUGGUACCAGACGGACACCUACAACCUGUACCUGUCGGACCCGCGCGGCGUGCUCUACGCGCUGGUGCUGGAGGACGUGCGCAGCUCCCGGCAGGCCGAGGGGGGCGUGCUGGUGGACGUGCUGGAGGUCCACGGGGUGAAGGGCGUCUUCCUGGCGAACCAGAAGGCCAACGGGAAGGUGAGGACGCUCAUCACCUACAACAAGGGCCGCGACUGGGACCGCCUGCGGCCGCCCCCCCAGGACAUGGAGGGGAAGCCCACCCACUGCCAGCCCCCCGACUGCCACCUGCACCUGCACCUGCUCUGGGCGGACAACCCCUACGUGUCAGGCACCGUGCACACCAAGGAGACGGCGCCCGGCCUCAUCAUGGGCGCAGGGAACCUGGGCUCCCAGCUGGUGGAGUACAAGGAGGAAAUGUACAUCACGUCGGACUGCGGGAGGACCUGGCGGCAGGUGUUCGAAGAGGAGCACCACAUUCUGUUCCUGGACCACGGCGGCGUCAUCGUGGCCGUCAAGGACAGCUCCAUCCCCCUGAAGAUCCUCAAGUUCAGCACGGACGAGGGCCUCACGUGGAGCACCUACAACUUCACCGACACCUCGGUGUUCGUGGACGGGCUGCUGAGCGAGCCGGGCGAGGAGACACUGGUGAUCACCAUCUUCGGCCACAUCAGCUACCGCUCCGAGUGGGAGCUGGUCAAGGUGGACUUCCGGCCGUCCUUCCCCCGGCCCUGCGGCGCCGAGGACUACGGCGCCUGGGAGCUCACCAACCUGCAGGGCGACGGCUGCCCCAUGGGCCAGCGCCGGAGCUUCCGGAGGAGGAAGGCUGCGGCCUGGUGCGUCAACGGCAGGAACUUCACGGCGGCGCUCAGCGCCCAGGUGUGCCCGUGCCAGGACUCCGACUUCCUGUGCGACUAUGGCUUCGAGCGCUCCCUCUCCGACACCAGCAAGUGCUUCGCCAACUUCUGGUUCAACCCCCUGGCGCCCCCGGACGACUGUGCCCAGGGCCAGACCUACACCAGCAGCCUCGGGUACCGGAAGGCAGUGGCCAACCUGUGCCAGGGCGGCGUGGACCUGGCGCGGACCCCGGCGCCGCGGCCGUGCCCCCUGACCCCGCCGCGGGGCCUGCGGCUCAGCAUCCUGGGCGACGCGGUGGCCGUGCGGCCGGGGGAGGACGUGCUGUUCGAGGUGCGGCAGGAGCAGGUGAGCCCCCGCCCCCUCCCCCCGGGCCCCUGCAGGCCCAGCGCCCGGG